AUGCUGCAAAUACCAUAUUGGCAACUUUUCAUUUUGGUGGCCGCAUUAUUGUCGGCUGGCUCAUCAGCAACUGAGCAGCAGCUUCAAUUUACUGGCCUGACACUAAAGCUGAAUGGAAUACAUUAUUAUGUGCCACCUCGUUCAGUUGGUGUCAUUGCGCUGCCACCGAGUAGCUCCAACGCCAGCGAGUUCAAUCUUGUGCCCAUCACAGUUGUCACAAACAGAGAGGGCAGAUUAGAGGGAAAUGAGUUGAGAAGGUUGGCCGCUAACUUUUCUCGCGCCGAUGAUGUUUUCCAAGAUGCAUUCCUUCACAGCGUAUUUGUGCAGGAUACAACUGGAGGCCAAAACCAAGUGUGUGACAGAGAAUUAAGGGGUUGUGUCGAAGCACAUGCUCGAAAUGUCAGCUCCUCCCUUCCCAACGGCCCGUACUUUGUGUCCUCGAAAGGACACCUUUUCCAAGCAUAUCGGCUGUAUGCCGAUACGCAAGGUUCAUUCAGUGAGACCUGCAUUCCGGACGGGAAUGGUGUAUUCGCAGUCCUUCCGGCAAAUAUCCCCGGCCAAUCUCUUGCUGUGGCUGUCCCGUCCCGCUUGUACUUCAAACCAACUGCUGAGAAGCCGCUGGCCGGUGUGCGUGUUGGCAUCAAAGACAUUUAUGACUUGAAAGGCUUGAAGACUUCCAAUGGUAACCGUGCCUGGUACAGUCAUUACCCGGCUGCCAGAGCGAACGCUCAAGCAGUGCAAAACUUACUUGGCGCAGGCGCUGUGAUCGUAGGCAAAAUGAAGACUAGUCAAUUCGCCAACGGAGAGACUGCGACUGCCGACUGGGUUGACUAUCACGCCCCGUUUAAUCCACGAGGAGAUGGGUACCAGGACGGGUCGUCGUCCUCAACAGGUCCUGCUGCAGGAGAAGCCUCGUAUUCUUGGUUAGACAUAACCCUCGGCUCUGACACAGGAGGCAGCAUAAGGAGCCCGAGUCAGGUUCAGGGACUCUACGGAAACAGACCGUCUCACGGGUUAGUGUUGAUGGACGGCGUCAUGCCACUUGCACCAGAAUAUGAUACGGCCGGUCUUCUUGCUAGAGAUCCGCAUCUCUGGGCUACAGCAGCGAAGGCGCUAUAUCGGGACAACAUCACCUUCCGGAAUGCAUAUCCUACUUCCAUCUUGGCCGUCGGAUUUCCCAACACCUCAUCAACCCCGUACGAGGCAAUGUUGACCAAGUUUGUGAAGAACCUGACCGAUUUUCUUUCCGCUGACACAAGGGCCUAUAAUGUGGAGCAGUCGUGGAGGUUGGGGAUGCCAGACGAGCAACUUUUGCCAGAUUUGCUCAAUAAUACUUAUGAAUUACUUACGGCAAAGGGACAGGGCAAACUUGUACGUGAAAGGUUCUAUGCAGAAUAUGCAAAUGGCCAUGAUGGUAGACUCCCUCAUGUUGACCCAAGUCCCCGACAAAGAUGGAGCUUUGGGGACAGUGAUUUAAGCACAAUCGAGGAGCUGGUGGCUGCAAAGAACAAAUUUAUGGACUGGUUCAACGACGAGGAACUGCCAAAGAGCCAUGAGACGUGCUCUAAACACCUCCUCGUGUACGUUCCCAGAACACCGGCAUCAAAGUAUCGGGAUACGUAUUUGACUGGCCCGUCUCGGCCGAUGCCCUUUUCCACUUCCCGUCUGUCUGUUUACAGUGGCGCGCCCGACAUGGUGGUUCCCAUCGGAGAAGUUCCGUAUCAUUCAGCUAUUACAAACCAUGUCGAGGUACUCCCCGCAACUGUUGACAUAAUGGCCGCAAAAGGUUGCGAUGGGAUGAUCUUCUCGCUCGUGCAGGAUUUACAUGCAGCGGGGUUAUUGGCAACCGUCAAGACUGGGAGAAGCAUAGUAAGUGGUGGGGAUGUUCUGUAUUAG